AUUGGGGGGCAGGAGGUGAAUCAGGCCAUGCAGCCUCCUUCUGAGCCUGAGAUUCCCUUGGAGACCCCCCCGCCGGCACCGGGGCACGACCUCCCCACCCCACAUGCCUGGCGCCAGCGCUUCUGGGGCCUCCGCUACCGGGAAGUCGCAGGGCCGCGGGAGGUGUGCGGCCGGCUGCGGGAGCUGGCCCAGCGCUGGCUGGAGCCCCAGCGCCGCAGCAAGGAGCAGAUGCUGGAGCUGGUGGUGCUGGAGCAGUUCCUGGCCAUCCUGCCCCGGGAGACGCGGAGCUGGCAGUGGGGGCGCGGCGUGGAGACCUGCGCCCAGGCCGUGGCCCUGGCCGAGGGGGUUCAGCUGGGGCAGGAGGAGCACAACAGGUUGCAGUUGAGAGCAGCAUUGAUGCUGCCAUCCCCACCUCCAUGUGCUUGGGGCAUGUUCCCUCCCAGGCCCGUCUCUCUGAGAUCCCAGCUCCCCAGUGACAUAUUUCGUGUCCCCAGGUCACAGUGAGUGUGAAGGCCGAGGAGGUGUCCUCAGACAAGAUGCAGCUCAUGGGAGCCUUGCAGGAACCUGGUGCUUCCUGGCCGGAGCAACCGAGGACCCAUGGUGUG